AUGGUUGCUAUUAGUAUUACGCUGUCGACGAGGUGGGGAGAAGGGAAGCGCAUUUUCUUCAUUAUUCUUUGUUAUAUUCCUGGUCUUGUUUCGACUGCGAUGCUUUUCGCUUUGCCUUUCAAUGCUGGUACGAAGACUGCGCACCUUGGUGUCAUCUUUAAUGUUCCGAUUGUGGCUUCUUUUGCUGGUAUUAUGUACUCGCUUCUGGCAACUAAUGUGGCUGGAUACUCGAACAAGGUACUUGCGGGCGUGCUAUUAGUCUCGUCGACUUGUGUUUCGAAUAUUGAUUCACCGCAGGUUUUCUUGACGCGUGAGGCGCCUUAUUAUCAUACUGGGAUCACGGUGUGUAUGGCUGCUUUUGCGGCCAAUAUGGCUACUGUCUUUGGGUUAUUGUAUGUGUUGUAUGCUCGGGAGAACAAGGUUAGGGAUGUUGAUCUCGCUGGGGUGGAAGGAAAAGAUCUUGUCAAUGCUUUCUCCUACUUGACCGAUCAGCAGAACAGGACUCUGCGGUAUAAGUUGUGA